UUUUUUUUUUCUCGUUACGUUAGGGUUGACAAUGGAAAAACAAUUCAAAACAAGCGGAGGAUAUUAAUGUUGCUGUCAAUUUCACUGGGAUGAGAAUUCGCCACGGCAUAGGGCAAAUAUCUACGUAGGCAUGCAUUUCUGUUUCAGAAAUUGCCACAAAAUUGCUACAGAGUUUUCUUUCCUCUCCCUCCCAAAGCUGUCUCGUGAUUCUAUGAGACCAUGUAUUGGUCUGUGUAGUUACGUUAGGUACUUAGGGUACUUAGGCUUGCUGUGACCUGCCAUGUGCCACAAUCCAAAAGAGGAGGGCUACACUGCACGCAGGUGUGUAGGGAUCAGCAGCAGUGAGUUUGAAGGAUUUUGUAAUGCACAAGGGCACAGAGGUUUUGUUCGUCUCACGAGUUUUGUUCUUGUUUACUAACGUUCAUGCAAGCAAGGCAGUUUGUUCUUUUUGAUGGGCUGUGUGGUCAGGAGUAGGCUGGAGAACAGCUAGAGAAUAGGAAGGUGUCUAAAGCUGAAUUCUUUCCAGGUUCUUGAAUACAUUUGUAAUGUUUCAUAUGAAGCAGCACUUCACAAAUGGAAAGGUCUGCUAUCUUGAAAUGUACCGUAUGUGUCACUUACUCAGUAGCUGGACCUGAAGCAUAAGAGUUUGAUGCACUUACCGUUUUUAUCGGCUUUCACCCUACUGGCCUCUCAUAAUUCAGAUAUAGAUGACUGCAAGAAGUGUCUUCGGAAACUUAAUAGCAAUGCUGUCCUUCUGCACGAUGCGUUCAGUCUUCGCAGGGCUGCAACAUCCUACCAGUGCAGAAUUUCAAUUUAGCUUAAAGUGCAAAGGGUUUACGUUUAAAUGUUGGAUUUACACGUUUAAGUCCAUAGAUAGUCUUCAUGCCAACGGUGUUAUGCAAAACAGCGUUCCACAUCUCAGCAGCUGGAGGGAGAGAGAGCACGACAGCUUCAGUGCUUCAUUUGGUCUGUCAAAUGGCAGCGUGUCCAGAUUUAUUUUUACAGAUUUAUUUUGUUACAGAUUUAUUUUGUUUCUGUGCUUUUUUUGGUUUGUUUUGUGUUGUUUUGACUGUAUCUUUUCUGCAAUGUUGUUCUCUGAAGGUUAUUUUUUUAUCAUAAAAUUGUUCUUGGCCGAUAUACUGUGAAAUGACUAAAAAGAUGCAAAAGCCUCGAGUUUUGGAAGAUCACUGUUUGUAGCCUGCAGCUUCCUUCUGUGUGGGCUGAUAUGACCCAAACAUCGCUCGGCACUUCAUUCUGCUCCAGCCCGAAGCUGCAGGCACUGGUGGCCUAUUUAAAAAGGUUUCACGUUGGAAGCUCUAUAAACAGCAGCCAAAAUUACUGCUGGUAGUGCUUCUCAGCAGUAGUUCUACCUACAGGAAGCUAUCGGUCGGUGCCCUUGUUAACCUGAGGCCGCUUGUGCGGUGAUUUCGUACAGCGUGUGCGCGGCGGUAAGCACGCAUUAACAGCUCGAGAGCAUUUGCUUUCACGGAGUGUGCGGGAUUUCUGCCACGGCGCACGCCGCAGCAAUAGCGCUGCCGACCAGCCGCGGCGGGCUCUGUCCGAGGAACGGCACCGCCCGCGGGGCGGGGACAGGACCUAGUUGCUAGGACGCGCGCGGCGGGAGCGUUGCUGGGACGCGCGCGGGCAACGGCGGCCGAGCACAGGGAGGCAGCGCGGCGGGGCCGCCGGGGGCUGUCGGGCGGGCCGCCGGACGGAGGACGUGCCCCGGCUGCUCUGCCGGGUGUGCGGCAAAGCUCUCGGAAGAACGCGUCGGCAAACGGCUCCGGCGAGCUUGGCAGAGCGGCGGGGGGGGCGACAUGGACGUGGCCGUCCGCGAGAGGCUCCUGGCCGCGCAGAGCCGCCGAGAUGUUCAGGCUUUGAAGGAUGCUUAUGAGUUGAUCAAAUCAGCCUGUCAAGGAAGAUCUGCACUUGACUCAUCAGAUAACUUCAGCACAGACUUAUACGUUCUGUGUGCUGAACAGGCAUUUCAGCUGGGAUACCUGCAAAUUAGCAGUGACUGUCUACAGAUGUAUUUUAAAGGAAGAUUUCCUGUAAACCAGUUUAUUGGUAGAGCAUAUUUGUGCCAAGGACAGUUGCACACUCCACUCUCUACAGAUAAUUUGGAAGCAUUUGAAAAAUUUGUGCUGUUUUUUAUGAAAGCAAUAGAUUUUGCAACACAUGAUCAAAGAUACUAUUUUUUGAUAUAUAAUGCCUCAGUUCUUUAUUGGCAAUUUGUGAGACCCUAUCUUAAGCCUGGAUUCCGCUGUUACCUUGUUCCCAGCCUGUCUCAAAUUGUUAAAGCAUUAAACCAAACUGAUGAGCCAGACGGUGAAUGGAGAGCAGAACUCAUGAUAAAUUUACUUGAGUGCCUCCUCGAUGCUUCAAAACUGAAAGAAGCAAAAGAGUUUUCAUCGACUGCAGCAGUCUUUAUUAAGGAAAAUGCUCCAGAUAAAUACUCUCAAAUAUUUUCUUUAAUGGUAUACCACAAACUAAUGGAUAUUUCCCAGAUAGAGAAGGAAAUACAAAAUUCCAUCCAUUUGUCAGUGAUUUAUAAAAUGCAAAUGAUAAAAUCGCAGUGGGACACAAAUGAAUUUCCAAGUGAUGCCACCGCAACUCUGUAUUCUCUAUAUGAACUUCUGAAACAGUAUGAUGUACCUCCAGCAUCUGUUGCCAGUAUGAAAAUUCCUUUGAUCCUGGAAUUGGCUCGUUUUUCUGUGAAAGUAAACUGCAUUAAGCUUACACAUGAUUGUAUACUUGAAUUGAAGAAAGCUGGCAUUACUGAACAAGGGAAACUUAUUGAAGUAGAAUGCCUGGAAUGUGAAUAUGAAAUUCAAAAAUUUGGCCCUAAAAUAGUGACUUAUACCAAAGGAGUUGUUGAGGCUCAGCUGAAAUUGAUUAAAAAUCUUGAUUUAACCUUGCAACAUGCGGUUCAGCUGGGAGAUCCUUAUGUGAUUCAGGUUGUUUGCACAACCCAGUGGAAUCUGUGCUUACCACUACUACAACAAAAUUUGCAUCAACAUGUGCGAAAACCUUUGAUAGCAGUUGCUGAUGUCCUUGAAGAGAUUGACAGCAUGCUGAUUUUUUUACGUUGCCAAGUUCACAUGGAAAUUGCUCGUAUUGAAGAAGAUGAGGAUAGAAUUGAGAUUGCUGUGCAACAUUUACAGAAAGCUAUACAUCUAGAUAACAGUGGGCAGUAUCAAGAACAUCUAAGAUUGAAUUUUAACCGUCUUUCUUUGUACGCUAUGCUGUAUAAGUCUCCUGAGCGUCUAGAGGAUCAGGCGCUAAUGAUGAUUGAACAGGCUAAAAGGGGAAAGGAAAAGAAUAAUGUGAGGCAAAAGAGAUCCCUUCUGGUAAAUGCUGGUCUUGCACUAGCUCCUGAUUUAUUUCAGGUGGUUCUUGAUAGUGAAAAUGAAGCUAAAGUGUCCUCAGGUUAUAGUCAGAGUCAAGUAAGUUACCUCUGUGCAAAAGCACAACAUCAUGUUAAAAGUGUGGACAAAGUUGAUGGACAUUUGAAACACCUAAAAAAGGAAAAUGACAAAGAGAGAAUUAGACUUUGGGCAAAUUUGGCAAAAGUUGCACGUACACAAGAAGUGUGGGAUGUCUGCCGUACAGCAUGCAGAUUUUGUCUCCUGUAUGAUGACACUUUGUUUAGGAGAGCAACAAAACCUAAAAAAACACAGAAGAAGAAAGCUAGUAUAACUAUGAUGGAUGAUGACCAAGAUGAUGGCUUACCAGGAGAGUUAUUACUACCUGCUAAGUCCUUUUCUUUUGAAAGAGAUUUACUCAGAAUAUUAGCAGAAAUAAGAUUUAUUAAUGCAGAGGCAACGAUUCAUUUAUUAAGAUUGCAGGGACUUGAGCUGAAUGACCACACUGUACCUACAGAAGAUAAAAGCCAACAUCCUUCAGAAUAUGUUUUAGAUUUUCCUGAAAGUGAUCUAGAAUGGAAAGCAUACAGUUCAUGGAUAGACUACUUAUCUCGGUAUGCUAUGGAAAAUUUCCUGCGUGCAGCUGAAAUAGGAGAAGAACUGAAUGAAGCCUGGAUUGUUCAUAAUGCUGUGGUGUAUAUCUUAAACUACAAUAGGCAUCUUAUCACAUCAGGAAGACAGAGGGAAAUUAUUGCGUAUCUGCAGACUCUUCUUGGAGCAGUCAAGACUGUUGGGCACACUGGAAGCACUGUCACUUUGUUGAUGUUAUGUAAUGCUGUAGCUCGGGGCUUAAUUCUCUGUUGGAUUCCAAAACCAAAACGUACUGAGGAGAAAAAGUUAUGUGCAUCACCAGACAAAAGUAGAAAGGCUUCAGCAAAGGGACAUGAGAAAGCAAAUGCUAUCCCUUCUUUGUCAGUAGAUCCCAGUGGACUUCCUGACAUCAAAGCAGCCUUAGAGAUUUGUGAAUUUGCUCUAAAUGUGACAAGUGGAACCAUACCUAAUGAAAUAGUACCUGUUGCUGUAAAACAACAGAUCAUUGCUACAUGGGUGAAAGCAAAACAGUUAAAUCAGCAACAGAUAGGACAUAAACUUUGGACUGAGGAGGAGAGUAGUGAUGAAGCACAAAAUCCUAUUGCAAGAAUUCUUGUUGGUCUAGAAAUGUAUUCAUGUACUGGCUUGGGUCUCAUGGAUUUCACAGUUCCUGCUUUAUCUCAGUUAGUGAAAUUGGCUUUAGAAUGCAGCUGGUCAGAUUCAUUAGUAGAACUGCAGACACUGACACGACUUACAUAUUUUGCGUAUGUAUUACAUGACUACGAAAUAGUGAUGACUUGUUCCCAAAGGAUAUUGCAGUCAGUUAAUAAUUUUUUUCACAAUAGCGGUACCAAGAAAUAUGAAAUACCUGAUAACACAGCGAGACAAGAAAUGUUGAGUACUGCUGCCUGUAUCCAAGGAAAGAGUAUAAUGGAAAAUUUGGCUGGACAAAAACAUUUGCGUAUAGCUGCAUCAAAAGCCUUUGCUCAGAGUGCCAGAUAUGCAGGUGAAGCUGGAAAUUAUUCCCUUGUAAUGUUUGCAGCGAGACACUUUUGGAACGCAUGUUUACCUUUGCUAGGUUUUCCACAUGACAGAGAACAGUUUAAAGAACCUACUGAAAUAAUUCUUAAGAAUAUAAUGAAAGCAGAAUCUGAAAAUAAACAGGAGAAAAAUGAUACAUUGCCUUUGCAUCAGUGGCUCACAAAGGAUUUUCAAAGUAGUGGAUUAUCAGAUGGAUGCUUUCUGCCAGGUGCUGAUGAAGAUCUGACAUUAAGGACUUCUUUAUAUGGGUUAUUAUUCCACAUAUAUGCUGAUAAAUCUGAUUGGGAAAAAGCAUUAGAAGUCCUGAAUGAAGCUAUUCAGGCUUUGCCUCAGACAAGACACAGGCUUCUGAUUUUUAAACAUUUGGCUACAGUAAAGGCAAGAUUGGGAUGUAAUUUCAUGAUGGAAAUUCAGAAAUUUGCAGGUGAAAGUGAAGAUUAUGUGUCCCGUAUUUGGCGUCAUAUGGUAACAGUUUCCAGAAGUAUUGUUGAACAGUUAAACUGUUUUAAAAAUGCAAUCAAUGCUUUGCAGAAACAAGAAAAUGAAUGGCAGAAAGUUGAUUACCUGAUGGAAUUUGCUGAAUGGUUAUACUGUAACCAGUUUCCCCUUAAUGAUGUUAUUAAACCUCUGGAUUGGGCAGUAGGUCUCUUGCUACAUAUGAAAUUUUCUAUGCCAUCUUCUCAAGAAGAAGAAGAAAAAUCUAUUAAAAAAUUAUUGCCUAUGGAAAAUCUGAAGAUAGAUGUUGGAAGAAAUGAUGUCAUGCCCCAAAUCAAUUUGGAAAAUUUGACUAAUAUUAAACAAUUGGAAGCUUUGUUUAGAGCACAGACUUUAAUGGCUGUAGUUUCUGGUCAUAGUUCUCCUUUUCAUCAGCAACACUGUUUGAUGGCAUAUGCUUGUGUUAUCCGUAUCUGGCAGGUAUCAUUGUCAGCAUCAGGACAUAUUAUAGGAGCAUUAUCAAAGUCUUCACAAUUUACAGCUCCUCAGGAUGCACAGCCAACAAUUGCUCGUAAGAAAGAGGACAAAAAGGAAGAGAAACAAAACCCCCAGUCUAGAGGUCAAAAAAGAGACAAAACUUCAAAAGACACUAAACAAGUUGAAGAAUCUUUUGUGAAAGAGCAGCCUAAAAGGAAGGAGUCAGUUGAUACCUUACCAAUAAAUGUGGAAGAAUGGGCUCAUUAUGACUGUCCCAAUGAAGUUAGAAAUACUUUUAAACAGAAAACAAAUAGUUAUGGUAUUAACUGGAAUAAUUUCACAAAACCUACAUGCACUUUGCAUUUUAUAGACAUUUUAGCUCAAGAACUACAGCAAAUAUUUUGCCCCCACUUGAUACUUCCCAUCUUUCAGCUAGCUGAAGUUAUUGCUAAUGAAGUUGUGGAAUGUAGAAGUCUGUCCGAUCUCUAUCACCUUCGAAUUGCCCUGAUAUGUUCAGACCUAAAACUUAGUCAGGCAUCUUCAUAUCAUGAGAAAGCUGCUGGAGAAGCAUACAUCAGUGAAUUAGAACAAGUAAUGUGUAGGCAAGAGAUUGCACUGAAAAAGGAAAAAAAAAAACAUACUGAGACAGAAGAAAGAAAAACAUUCUUGGAGAGUGCUCAGCUGAAUGGUAGUAAGGAUGAAAAUAUCCUCACUUCAGGGAAAAAGAUUUUUGAGUUAAAUGCAAUAACAGGCAAAGGACUGAGUGCACUUUCUUUCCCCUACUUAUGGAUAGAAAAAGCUGAAGUGCUAAUUCAGCUAGGUUUGUAUCAGCCGGCAAGACUACUGCUUUCAGAGGCCCAUGCUGCAACUCAGGAAUUGAGGACUCCAUAUGAUGCGUCAAGGUGCUUGUAUUUAUUGGCUGUUUUGGCUAACCUGGAAAAAAAACACAGACAAGCUAAAGCACUUCUUGAGAAAGCGCAGCUUCUAGGAGGAAAUGAACAGUUUUGGUACAACAGCACUGUUAGUCUAAUAGAGGCAAUUCUAGAGGAAGAGGGGGAAGAAAAACGGAGAUCGGCUUGUAAGAUACUGGAACACACUGUAUAUGUACUUAGAUCUACCUUACUGAAGAGACCUAACAGAGAAUCUGAGUUGGGUUUUAUAAUUGCAUCCCUUGAAGCCAGGAAAGCACUUAUUGAGAUACAUUUUGCUCAAAAUUGUUUGACUGUUAAUACUGAGCCUUGUCAGUCGCCACAUAUGCUACAGGGAUCUUACAGUAAAUUAAUUCAGAUUGAGGAAGACUUCCUUAAUUAUGGGCAUAAAAACUGCAGUGCUGAGAUUUUGCUGGAACGUGCAAAUAUUCACAGGAUGAUUGCCAAGCAGGAAGGAAAUGAAGAAGAAAAAUAUAGUCACUGUCUAGAUGCUUAUAACUUAGCUCAGAUGGCAGUAUCCAAAGCAGAAGAAGUGUUUCAUAAUGUUUGCAGCUUAAUUGCAGUUAAUGAGAAUACAAAUACUAGCAUACCAUUAAUGAGGCAACUAGGUAACAGGAAGCUAAACCUUGUGGAAAUUCUUCUGGAUAUUUUUCAAGUUGUUACUACCGAGAAAAAGCUUAAAAAAGUGGGAAAAACAUUCCAUAGAAUUGCAGAAUCAUUCUGUGGAGAAACUACUAAAGAUAAUGCAACAGAACAGGAUUGGAAGCAUAUGGAGUACACUAUAGGUCAUAUUACACUGGCUCAGUUAGCAAACAUACAGAAUCUUUGUAAAGGCUGCCCUGACAUCAAAUCCAAGUGCCUGUACCUCACUGGAAAAUGUCUUCAUUUACUUGCCAUUAACAUAGAUCCUGUACAUUCAGAAAUCUACUGGAAGCCAAACAUUAUGGAAGAAGCUAAAUUGGACAUCACUAAACCUUUCCUGAUUUCAGGAGAAUGCAAUGAACAGAAAGUGACAGACAUCAGUUUACUGUCUAAUAAGUGUCGGUUUGAUAAGUAUAGGAGGAAAGUACAGGAAUUAAAGAAGGAACUUAGGUUGGCUCAGAAAUAUCUUUCUCAGUGCAGUGAAGCUUUACUACAGUGUAUGGGUAUUGCAUUCAGCUAUAAUAUUACCAAUGUACUUGGUCCUGCUAGUUUGGAAAUGGUUGAAUGCUUUGGACAAUUUGAUCCAGUUUCGACUAGCCAGUUUUUAGCCCUUCAUCAGAGCUGUUCAGCAUCUAUGAUGAUGAAACAUAUCCUUCUAACAGCUAAUUCUGACACCAGCAGCUCUCAGCUGGCAGCAUUACUGCAUCUUCAAAAUCAAUUGAAACAAAACAGGAACACAAGUGAUCUUCUGAAAAAUGUGGAACAGCAACUGACUGCUACUUCAAUGGCAUGGAGAAAUCUCUGUAUUCCUGUAGAACAUUUUAAUAUAGUGAAUGAAUUGCCAUCUAAUUUCUACAUAAUUAUUCUCCAGCAUUCAGAAGACAGAUCAAACUUGUACAGCUCAUUGAUUGAGAAACCAAAAGUAAGUACUGCACAGCAGAAGGGAAAAUCCACUCAGCCAAUGGUGCAAGCUAAAGUUUCUCGAUUUCCUGUGAAUCCCAAUACAUUUUGUACUUUGUUGGAAAAAGUCCUGCAAGAGUGCAUCACUAAAACUGAUACGACUCCAACAGAGAAAAUAGACAAGAAUGGACACAAUUUGAUAACAGAUUUCUCUGAAAUAUUAGAAAUUAUGGAAGAAUAUCUGAAACCACUGCUAUCACAGUUUGAUUUCCCUAACAUUAGAGAACACAGCACAUCAGCUUCAGCAGCUGAAUCAGGAAAAAUAAAAGUGAAAGAUAAGGACACCAAACACACUAGAAUGCAGGGAACACCUAUGGAGUUAGGAUUGUGUGUGGUAUUACUAGCAGAUAAGUCAUUUAUGGAAUUGCCUUUGGAAACUCUGAGUGUCUUUCAGGAGGAAGGAAUAUGUUCUGUAUCCAGAGAUUUUUCUCUCCAGAUUCUCUACAAUCGACUGCAAGUGGAUGAAUCAGGUACUAUUAGCAUUUGCACAUCUAAGAGAUUGUGUGUGUUGGUUGUUUUACACUUUGAAGCUACUAUUUUUAGGCAAGAGGGUUUGGGGAAUGUCCUUGCCUUGCUGCAAUGUGAAAUUAAGAUGUAUUUUUCUAAUCUGUUGUUAUUAUUACAUCCUAAUGAAUAUAAACAAUCCUUUAAGAAAGCUGUAUUUUCUGAAACUGCUCAUGUCUUAAAAAAAAAGUCUCUUCUUUUCAAUUCCACAGAGAGUGAAAUUAAAGAUGUUCAAAGGUCUAAAGAACCAAAACCAAAAGCCGAACAGAAAAAGAAUGUCAAAAUGGCACCAGUUCAUCGUGUUUUACCCUCUAAUUGCAUGCCUGUUGAUACUCGUAAUCUUAAAUAUAUUGUGGACCCCUAUAAUGAAGGAAGAGAGCCAGAAGCUUUAAGUCCCUCCCAAAAAAUGAAGGAAAUCUUAGAAAAGUACCAUGACCUGUUUACACUACAGUGGGAAGGAGUUAUUGGCAACGUAUAUGUUCCAAGUCAAGCUGAAUGGGAGCAGCUGCUGACAAACUGCAGUGCAUUUCUGUUCUAUGGAAUGGAGAGAUUCUUGUCUCAUAUUUUACUCAACAGACUGGUUGCUAUGAACAUCCCAAAGUGCCAUUUGAUGAUACUUUUAGAUCUGGUACAAUCAAAACAAAGUUAUCAAAGAAUAACCAAUUCUGAUAUCUACAAAAGUUCUUUACAGUUUGCUAUAGAGAGACCAACAGAAACAGUAAUGCUUCUUAGCCUUACUGGUGUUCGUUCUAUAAUAGCCAACCAGUGGUACACUACCCUGCAAGAGAAUGCAGAAAGGCUAGAAAUUUUGUUUGAGAAUUUGUUGCACAUUGGUAGAACAACUGGUCAGACCAUCCAUACUCUUCAAAAAAGGAAGAUUCACAGGGAAAAGGAUUCAGCUCAAAUGGAUGAAGACUCUCACAGUUCUCCUACAGACAAAACAGAACAGAACUUUCACACUUCCUCAACUGCCAUUCAUCCAUCAUUUUUUAAUUGUGUGUUAUAUGGUUUGCCCAACAUAAUUAUUCUGUAAUUUGUGUCAGACUUUCCAUACUAUGAAUUACCACUAGACCGUGCAUAUGGCAUAUCUCACAUUAUUGUGCUAGAUACUCUUCUAUAUAGCCUAAGGAGAGGUAAGCUUAAGAAAACAUCUGUUAUGCUGAUUGACUGAUUUUGGUUUUGGAUAUAAACAGGUUGAUAUUAGAAUAAGUGUCAUGAAAUUAUCGAAAAACACUAAUUUUAGAGAUGUCAGUUGGUAUUCAAAGCUUUUCCGAACUCAGCGAAUCCCUCUAAAGAAUUACUAAUAUUUCUAUUUUCUUCAGAUUCCACUGAAAAUUUGAAAAAAAAAUUCUUGGUGAGUACUAGCACCAACACCUUAAAGGAAACCAGGCUAGUGUUUUGGGGUGUUGAUGCCAAUUUCAUUGGAAUGUUACUGUCAGUGCUUCCAUUUGGGAAUACUUUUCCUUGAUGUAUUUUGUUUUUAAAUGGAAGAUGUAUCAGCUGAAGAAUUAACUGUCACCUUAUUCUGAGUUAAUUGAUUUUUAACUUUGUGUAUAGCAGCAGUUGUAGUUUAAGUAGAAAAUAGGGCAAUAUUAAAGUUUUGCUUUCUUUAUUUUCCCAUAGGCUUUCUGAAUAACAUUAAAGUACCUUUUAUGAAGAUAUAUUAAAUUAUCCCAAAAUCCCAGAUAAGCAUUUUAUAUGCAUAGAUUUUGUAGUAUGUUCUGCUAAUCAGCAGUAUGUUUUUAAAAUACAUACUUUAAAACUUUAUUUGUAAUGAUAACAGGAAAAAAAAAUAUGUAAAGUUAUGUAGUAUGUAUAGAAAAUACAAAGCUAUGAUCAUUAUUGCAACUAAAAACAUUUUAGUUUUUCCAGUAAGAUGGUGAUGCCUGUUUCCUAUGAUUUUUUAUGUUCCUGGUUGAGUAUGAAAAUAGCACUGAAAAUAUACUGUUCUUAGCAUUCCUGCUGUGCUACAGUUAAUUAAAACCUGAUAAGAGUCACAGGGCUAUAUAGACAUUAAUUACAAACUCAUGACUUGUGAGAUGCUUCUUUUAUGUACACAAUAUAAUACAACUUUGUACUUCCUUCUUCAUUGUUCUAACAAUUUAAUUAGAUAACCUUAUAUGAAUCACAGCUUCUCUGUCAACUGUGUUCCCUAAUCCUUGUUAUUCACUCUAUAUGUAACUUCAUUCUUUAUUUAAGCAUGGGACAAAUACUUUGAGAGGCAUAUGUCUGGGCAUUUGGUAACAAUACAAGCUAAAAAAAAAAAAUGAGGAAAAAAAAAAAAA